GAACCAUCACAGAACAGUUGCCAAGAAGAAGAACCGAGGUAAAACCGCUUUUAUGAAUACACAAUCUGACAUUUUACGCACUGAACAGUAAUGGGAUUAAAUUACAUAAAAGUUUCUACAACAAUAUUGAAAAAACACAAAAGUUUAGUUCAUAGCCAUCUCAAGCGUGGAUAUAAGCUUACGGUAUUCAUAGGCGCAGCGCUACUCCCAGUUGUUUGACUGAUGCAAGACAUCCCUGAAGAGAUACGCCACACAUGAUCCUGUUGGUGAAGAUUAGGCCUGUGUUUGUGCGCUGAGGCUCUGGGCCAAUCGGAAUGCAGAGCAUUAAGUGUGUGGUGGUGGGGGACGGAGCAGUGGGGAAGACCUGCCUGCUGAUCUCCUACACCACCAAUGCCUUCCCCAAAGAGUACAUCCCCACCGUCUUCGACAACUACAGUGCCCAGGUGUCGGUGGACAGUCGGGUGGUCAGUCUGAACCUGUGGGACACGGCGGGUCAGGAGGAGUACGACCGGCUGCGCACGCUCUCCUACCCGCAGACCAACGUCUUCCUCAUCUGCUUCUCCAUCGCCAGCCCUCCGUCCUACGAGAACGUCAAGCACAAGUGGCACCCGGAGGUGACCCACCACUGCCCCAACACGCCCAUCCUGCUGGUGGGCACCAAGAGCGACCUGCGGGACGACCCGGAGCUGCUGAGCAAGCUGAAGGAGCAGAACCAGACCACCGUGACCCAGCAGCAGGGCGCGGCGCUGGCCCGACACAUCCACGCCAUCAAGUACCUGGAGUGCUCCGCCCUGCGUCAGGACGGCGUCAAGGAGGUGUUCGCCGAGGCCAUGAGGGCCUUCCUCAACCCCCAGCCCCCCGCCAGCGGCAAGAGGCCCUGUGUGCUCUUAUAG